AUGGUCCAGUACAUCCUCACGCCCUGGCGCGAUCGAGCCGAACUCCUCGCCGUCCGCCGUCAGUUCUACCCCGACGCGGCAGCCCAGGCCCAGGCCCAGCUCAAGCCCGGCCACGCAGGCCAGCACGACGCCGUCGCGCGCGUCUCCCUCUGGAUGCAGCGCGGCGGCUGCCCGCACCUCGUCGAGUCGACGGCCCUCCUCGUCGCCGCCAUCCUCAGCGACGCCGAGGGGGGCGGCAGCAGCGCCGGCACCUAUGCCGCGAGGGCCGCCUACGCAGCAGCCUUCAGCCGAUUCGUCACGGGCCUGCUGGACGGGCACCAGGACAAGCAGCGCAAGCUGAGCAUGUACAGCGUCGCCAAGACGAUCGGCCUGCCGGCGACCUUUGUCGAGCUCCGCCACCAGGCGACGCACGAGCAGCUGCCGUCGCUGGCCAAGCUGCGGGCCGCCGCACGGCGGGCGCUCGGCUGGAUCUGGGAGUAUUACUGGCGGGCGCUCGGAGACGGGGCGCCCUCGGCGGAGGAAGAGGCAGCGGCGGCGGCGGCGGGAGACUGCGCCGGUGCCGUGGUCGCGUAUCUGGGGGCCGGCGGUGGCGACGUCGCGGCAAGGACGGCCAUUGUGAGGCGGUUUGGGCAGGAGAAGGUGCUCGAGGUGCUCGAGGGGAUCAUGGACGAGCCGGGGUCGAACAAGCUGAUGCUGGGGGCGCUGAAGAUGUCGAGCGAGGUUCUCGAGGGCGCGCCGGGGGGCGAGGAAGAGCCGUCAUGUGAGACUGCCAUGGACGUGGAGCAGAGCUCGGGCGAUGGCGAGCCAAGCGGCAGCACGGGGUGGUCGACGUACGAGGGCACCUGGAAACCAAAACCUAUAGGUGUCGUUUGA